CAGAAGCUCUGCUGCAGAACACACCUCAUCUCCUCUUUAGCUACAGGGAGAGAAAGAGAGAGAGAGAGAGAGAGAGAGAGAUUCAGUCGGUGCCAAUUUUCUCUUCAGCUCCAGUGACAGAGAGGGAGAGCUGGGGAAGUGAUAUUUCAGGAAUUUUAAGAGAUCCUCAGACGUGUUAUUGCACAUUAAUCAUCUGCAAAAAAUACUGACAACAAAUGAAGAAGGCAAGAAAUGAAAGAGAGAGAAGUAGUCGGCCCUUCUGCUGCGCAGUUCUGCCUUCAUGAAUCUGCAUAAUACACCCUUGAAACCUCCAUGUGACCUUGUUAAAGCAUCUAUGAACAGUGAGCUGCCACACCACAAAGCAUGAGUUCUUCAGCUUUGGCUCUGACAUGAGACUGAUGGAGUGAAAACAAAGGCCAUCAUCGAGCAGCAGCCAGUGUUCACAUCCAGUUCAAAGUUACUCAUAAAACACUCUGUAUGUGCAGUACACAGGAAAGAUUCACCACUCAAACUAAAAUGCAAGCAGGUUUUGAUACUUAAAAUUUUAGGAAUGAUGAAAACAAACCACCUGGACUUCACAUCACAUGACUUCGUUUAAGUCUUUUUGAGAUUUCCGCACCUUGUCUUAAGCAGCUCCAGUGACCUGUGAGGAUUAUGAGGCCAACUUCAGUGCUUCUCCAUUCCCAGUAUCUCUUGUGUGUGUUUGUCUGUGUUUGUGUGCCUCUUGUGGUGGGGUCGCUUCCUCACUCGCUACCAUGGCACGUCUCCUGCCCGGUGCGCUGUGUUUGUCAGAUAAAGCCAUGGUUCUCCUCUGAUUCUGUGUACCAUGAAGCUCCCACUGUGGACUGCAAUGACCUGCUGUUAACCAAGCUUCCCUCGCCCAUACCACUAAACACACACACCCUGCGUCUGCAGAGUAACCUCCUGUCAGAUCUGGACACAACAGCGCUACACCGACUCCCCAACCUCACUGAUCUUGACCUUUCACAGAAUCGUUUCAGUCGUGUUAGGGCAAUAACUCAGAGCUCCCCCCUGCCUUCUCUGCUGUCCUUGCACCUGGAGGAAAAUCAUCUCAGUCACCUCCCAGAGGCCUCCUUCUCCUCACUGCUGGCUUUACAGGAACUCUUUCUCAGUCACAACAAUUUACACUCAAUAGCACCUGGGGCUUUCACCGGCCUGGACUCCCUGCUGCGUUUGCAUAUCAACAACAACAGGCUUACCACUGUAGAUCCUCGGUGGUUCAGCACUUUGCCACGCUUAGAAGUUCUUAUGCUUGGGGGAAACCCUGUAGAGGCCUUGCCUGAGCGGGGUUUCCUAGCCUUAAAAUCUUUGCGGAGUCUUGUCCUUGGUGGCAUGGGUUUGAGAGGAUUGGCUGAAAAUGCACUGGAGGGGUUGCAGGACCUGGAGAGCCUUUCCUUCUAUGACAACCAACUCACUAAGGUCCCCACUCAGGCCCUGCGUAGAGUGCCAGGACUGAAAUUCCUUGAUCUCAACAAGAACCGCAUCAAACUGAUCCAAACCGGAGACUUCAGAGAUAUGGUCCACCUAAAGGAGCUGGGCCUGAACAACAUGGAUGAGUUGGUGUCCAUAGAGAGAGCUGCACUGGAGAAUCUCCCAGAACUCACCAAGCUGGAGAUCACCAACAACCCCCGUCUGUCCUACAUACAUCCACAAGCAUUUCUCCAGUUGAGCAGACUGGAGAGUCUAAUGCUUAACUCCAACUCGCUCAGUGCUCUGCACCAACAUAUCAUGCUCUCUCUGCCAAAUCUGCAGGAGGUAAGCUUGCAUUCCAACCCACUCCGUUGUGACUGCCUCUUUCACUGGGCAGCAGAGGAGUCCCAUCACCCCCACAUUGACAAAGAUGCACAAGCAGAUUCGCAGUCUGUUCGGGUGGUUCGUUUUAUUCAACCCCAGGCUACGCUGUGCUCUGAACCCCCAGAACUGAGAGCUCGCAGGGUGAGAGAGGUAUCCUCCAGGGAGAUGUCAGCAUCCUGCCUCCCCAUGAUCCCCACCAACUCCCUCCCCUCCUAUGUAGGUGUGAGAGAAGGUAGCAAACUAGUUUUGCACUGCAGAGCUCUUGCAGAUCCACAGCCUGAACUUUACUGGGUGAUCCCCUCUGGGCUGCGACUGGGUCCUGCACCAAGGAAUGCAUCCAGUUCACGUGCACCUUGUCGCAGUUUGAAAGGAUUCAAUCACACAUCCACCUCAAGCAUCCCUCACAGCCAGAAUAAAGGCAAUACACCUUGCAACCCUUCUAAACACUACCAACUAUUGCCUGAGGGAACUCUAGAGAUCAGCAAAGUCACCUCCAGCGAGGCAGGGUUGUAUACAUGUAUCGCUGAGAAUGCCCUCGGCGCAGAUACACGCAGCGUCACUGUGGGUGUGCAUGGUAGAGAAAAGAAACGAAAGAAAGCAACGGAAGCCAGUCUGAAAGGAUAUCCAUUAUUCAGAGCAGACGCGAGGUUGGAGUUGAGGGAAGUUGGAGAGCAUUACGCUAUCCUGUCCUGGCAGACCGGGCGCAACCUCCCCUCAACUCGCCUGUCUUGGCAAGCCAUAUAUUCCAGCGCUCACACACCGACCUACACCACACGCAUCCUGGCUGGGACGCAGAGCUUCAACCUAACCCACUUGCAAGCAGAGACGUUUUACAGAGUGUGUCUACAUUUAGGGAUUAGUGAGGGCACCAAGCAUAUCAGCAGGAGAUCAAGAGAGAGCAGGAAGCCUCGAUGUGUUUCAUUUCAGACAAAGGAAGCACCUGAGCCACAGUCCAGCCUGCAGCUAAGCCCAGAGCUGACCUCCACAGUAUUCGCAUAUAUGCUUUUUGCAGUCAUUAUGCUUGUGCUGACCGUCUACUGUGACCCCGAGAAGGAUCCAGGAAAGCACCACACCACCCUGCUCCAGGAAGUCAAAAGUAACAAAGCUCUGACCAUCAAUGAAAAGACUGAGGGGAGCAAUGAGAGCCAGUCAAAGCAGAAAGACAAACUGCUCUUAUAUCAGAACUGCUGAGAUUGUGUUUGCACACAUGCAUACAGGAAUUCCAGAUGCACACACACACACACACACACACACACACACAUACAUAAACAUACAAAAUGUCAAAAAUACAGUCUGUGAAUUACAACUAGAAAAGAGGAGUCUUAGAUCAGACCAUUGGUGUAGAAAGAGAUUUGUAUUUAUUUUAUAUACCAUAUAAAGUAUAUAUUGUUUCUGUGUUAAGAUGUAUUGUUAAGAAUGCCUAAACCCUAAGCAGGGAAAUAAAAAUGGACAAUCAAACUCCUGCAGCAGAGCGAGUGACCACAGGAGAAACAAAUGAGUCUGAGCUGCAGAUGACUCACUGAACUGAAACUGAAGAAAACCUGAUUUAAUCAAAGGACAGAUAUUUACAGAGGACAGCAGCUCAGACCUCCAGGGUAUUUGUCAUGUUUCCUGUCUGUAUGUUUCCACAGGUCGGACCACACUUUAUCCAGCCAGAUGAAAUUCUGUGUUGAGACUGAUACUGAAUGAAAUUCCUGCUUACUUGGGCUCUGUAUCUCAAAGUGAUUGAUGUAAACAACCCUUUUGCUUAGCUUUCAGCACCAUGGACUGCAGUACAUUUUACAGUACGCAUAUAAUCAUCCAGAAUCCCCACAGAACAAUCCCAUCUCUUUAAGCAUAAAAGUGAUUGUGUUAAAUUCUAUUUUGAACUAUUAUAUAAUUAAAACUUUUUAAUUUACUUGAUUGUACUGUUUAUUUCUGUUGUUUUCUUCACAAACCUCUACAGGGGACCAAAGCAGUAAGCAGCAAGCGAAGACAGACUAAACUCUCUAUGAAAAUCACAUUCAUUAAUGACUUCUCUGCAGUGGCCGGCACUGGCUCUACAGUGGGGUUGGGUGUGAUAAUAACUCACGACUUCUGACUCCUACUCAGUAAACACAAGUCGCAAUGUAUCUUCCGCUCAGUGCGACCUGGAAGUGAGAGGAGGCUUCUGCAAAUGAAGAGACAGAUGUACACUGGGUUAA